UAUCGCAGCGCAAGAAAGUCAUAUUAAUUACUGCAUGGGAAGCGUACGCGUCUGGACUUCAGGCUGGUCUCCGUUCGCCACCAACCUUAUCGGGAUUGAUUUCCUUUUGAAUUAUCUGAAGUAUUCUCAUGUUCCUGAUGGUUCUGAUGUUGAAAUUAUUCGGUCAAUCGUAAGUUUCCCCGCGAGUGAUUGUAUGAAAAUCAAUCGAUUGCGGAUUGUGGCGCAUGUGUCAAGUCAGUGUUUUAUCAGCCAGCAACUGAAUGAUAUGUAGCAAGUAACAAUUUAUUGGAGAACUUUGCCCACAAAUUCGCCAUUUAUCGCUGAUUUUUGCUGGCGUUGAUCGGCGAACGUUGUUGAAUGAAUCGUCACGGUAAUGUCGGAAAAAGCUACGGUACCGUACAGAGAACUGUUGGAAAGUGCGUCCAAGUACAAUUCGCGUCUUCUGCACGAACGACGCGCACGCAUUCCGUACCAUGAUCCCAGCACCAAUGUGGACUAUCACGAUGGCCGUCGCCUGUACCUGGCCACGGAGCGUGGCCCGGGCCAGGGCACCGGCCAGAUCAUUACGUAUCCGAGUCGACGGUGGAAACUGCGACCGCGUCCGCCGCCAGCGCAUACAAUCCAUCAUCCGCCAGCGAUGAUGGACGCACAGUUCCCUGGUCUUCCCGCGGCGGUUCCGUCAGUUGAACCUGGUGCUUUAUUGAACAGUAUGAGUAUAUCGUCCAACGGACUGACCGCUUCCAUAUGUGCCAAUAAUAACGCCAGCAUGCAUCCGCCGAUGGAUGCCAUGGCGGCGAAUAGCGUCGCCACAGGGACAUCAGCCCUGAAAGUAUUCGAGGAUUCCUUCGCCAGUUCCCGUGACUCGUGGAACGCACCGGAUGUGCCUGGGGAAAUGAUUUCGCCCAUGGAGGGCAGUGAAUCCAACGACCAUGACUUUGAUACUGACGAGGAUAUGGAGGAUGGCGGUCGGAAACGGAAAGGCAGUGGCAAAAAUUCCAAGCAAGCUGGAAAGGCGCGGAAGGAUAUCGAUUACACGGUUGUCGUUGGCGCCGAAAAGCCAUAUUGUUGCAAUUAUUGCGAUAUGUGCUACAAAACGCGACCCGGACUAACCUACCACAUAAAUAAGGAGCAUCUUUCCAAGGAGCAUCCCAGUGGUCGAUCGGGCAGGUCCCCGGCCGCGCAGUCUCAACAGCAACAGCAAUCUCAUCCGCCGCAUGCGUCGGGCAUACACCAGUCGUCGCUUCCGCACUUUCCUGCCCAUCAGUUCCAUUACCAGUCAGCCUCUCCCAGUGCUCACAAGGCCAACUCGGUACUUAUGCAUCCCAACGCUGAUAAGAGUUUGCAGCGCGAUCGCGACGGCAAAUCGCUGGUGUGCGAUUUCUGCGAAGUUGACAAUCCGACGACCAAACCCGCACCAAAAGGCGAAAAACUUCUCUCGUGUGCCAGCUGUGGUCAUUCUGCUCAUCCGACUUGUUUGAGUUUUACGAAAAAUCAGCGAGAUUCUACUCGACAGUAUCCGUGGAAAUGCAUUGAGUGCAAGAGCUGUUCUUUCUGCAAUUCUGCCGAGAAUGACGAGAAACUGCUAUUCUGUGACGACUGCGAUCGAGGGUAUCAUAUGUACUGCCUUAAUCCCCCCAUAGAAACCACUCCAGAGGGACCGUGGAGUUGUGACGCGUGCUUAGUGCAGUACGGUGAGGAAGCUGCAUCCCGCGUGUGGAAGAGGAAAAUGCAGCAGGAAGCGGUGGCCAAGUACCAAAGAGAGAUGGAGGAAUCUGCACGGAGAGCAUCCGGCUCCAGUGGUCGGCAGAGGUAUCCUGCACAAGUGGAUCAAAAGAAUUGACGAUUCCAUUUCUCAGUUUGUCUCUCUGUUCUUAUCGGACAAAACCAAUCCGUUGCUUAAUUUUGAAAAAUUUAACAGAAGACUAUUAUUGUUGUGCAUUGUAUUUAUCGGCGAUCUUUUCCACGGUGACGUGGAAUUUUGGAUUGGUUUUUUAAAUUUUGAAUCUGUUUGUUGUGGUUCUAUCUUUUUGAGUCUCUGUGGAAAUUUUGCUCGUUUGAGUGUAUGUCAGACAAGGUGCAUUUGUAUAAAACAUGAA